AUGGCGGACAACAUGAUGAACGAAGAAAGCCGUGGAAGAUUUACUUCUACUAUAAACUCGUUGAAAGAGCUUCUUGCCAGAUCACAACACGAAGAAGAACUUAAUAAACUGGAUGAAGGAUCAGUUACUGAACUGUUUGGUCACAUACAACAGCAACAACAAAUGGGAAACACAUCUCAAAGUAUUCCAAAUAUUGCAACAGAAUCAACAGAGCAAGGUUAG